AUGGCGACACACUAUUAUCCCCCACCGCCUGGAGCGGCAACGGCCUCAACACCACAGACCUACCCAUCGCCACCGCAAUCACCACCAGCCAACAGAACAAACUUCUCAUAUGGCGGCCAGCAGGCACAGCCGCCGGUAUCGAAGCCUGCUAACUUCUCCUACCCUCCUCCUCCACAGCAGGCGACACCCUCACCAGCUCCGAAGGCAUCGUACCCGCCUCCUCCACAGCAGCAACAGCAACCUGCCUUCUCUCUUCCACCUCCCCAAUUGCAACAACCAGUGCCGUUGCAGCAGGUGCAAGCCCAGCAGACAGUCCUUCCCAUUCACAGCCGCACGGCUUCGCAAGCCUCGCAGGGUGUGCCUUCCACAGCACAGUUUUCUCCACCGCCGAUGCGCGCCCUUCCAGAUGCUGGGUUUCCGCCGGAGAAGAACUCAUUUGGGUCCGGCAGUCCGGUUGACCAGGAUAAUCGCAGCCUGGUGGACGCCAGUGGUGCCUUGGGCCAGAUUGCUGGCGCACCUGCCCCUGGUGUCUUUGUCGGCGCGACAGCAGUCAAUGACGAUGUCGGAACCUUCAACGGCGGCAGCUAUCGCAUCAGCCACCGUGAUUGCAACACCAUCCUGACGAUCCAGCUUGCCAUUGGAUGCCCUCUGUCGGCCAAGCCAGGUGCUAUGAUUGCCAUGUCUCCGUCCGUCACGCUCAAGGGCGCGUACAAAUUCAGCAUGAAGAAACUCGUGGCCGGUGCCGAAAUGGGCUCAUCCACAUAUACUGGCCCAGGAGAGCUCCUUCUCGCCCCGCCCAUGCUGGGUGAUAUCACCAGCAUCCGCCUGAACGGCAACAACGGCUGGUCUGUCGGCCACGACGGCUUCCUCGCUUGCACGCAAGGCGUCACGAAGGACUACAAGCGACAGGGCCUCGGCAAGGCCAUGUUCAGUGGCGAAGGUCUUUGGGUGUACAAGAUCGGCGGCAUUGGUCUACUGUGGAUUUCGAGCUUCGGUGCCAUCAUAAAGAAAGAUUUAGCUGACGGCGAGAAAUAUAUUGUUGACAACGGCCACCUUGUGGCAUGGAACACGAAAUACAACCUUGAGCGUGUGGCUUCGGGUGGCAUCAUAUCAGGCCUGGCCUCGAACGAGGGAUUGAUCUGCAAAUUUACCGGUCCUGGGACUGUGUACAUUCAAACUAGAAAUCCGAGAGCAUUCAGCGGCUUUAUGUCGGGGCAGAGUGCGCAAGCUGUGUAA